UACUUUAGACGCCAUUUUGCACAUUGUGUGAUCACAGUGUUCUUCGCUCGCCAACGUCGUUGUUUAUUUGGUGUAUAUUUUACGUUCUGAUCUAGCAUCUAAUCUUAUGCAUUAGAUUUAUGUCAAGAGCAAGAAUAUUACAAAAUCGAAACGAUGUCGAAACAGGAUGGUUUUAUUGCUGACAAAGUGAAGAAGGCAGAGAAGCGCGUGGAAGUCUCUCCCCAUGACACAGAGGCAUGGAGUGUGCUUAUCAGAGAUGCUCAGAUAAAGACUAUCGAGCAAGCACGGCCCAUGUAUGAGAAACUUGUGACCCAGUUCAGCAACGCUGGACGCUACUGGAAGAUAUACGUUGAACACGAGCUGAAGUCAAAAAACUACGAGAGAGUAGAAAAGCUGUUCCAGCGAUGCCUGAUUAAAAUUCUCAACAUAGACUUAUGGAAACUCUACAUCACUUACAUCAAAGACACCAAGGGCAAAUUACCCUCGUACAGGGAGAAGAUGGCGCAGGCAUACGACUUUGCUCUGGACAAGAUGGGCAUGGAUAUCAUGUCCUCCUCUAUCUGGAGUGACUACAUCAACUUCCUCAAGUCUGUCGAUGCCGUGGGCUCGUAUGCAGAAAACCAGCGUAUCACCGCGGUGCGUAAGGUGUUCCAGAGGGGUGUCAUCAACCCAAUGAUCAACAUAGAGCAGCUCUGGAAGGACUAUGGCCACUAUGAAAAUAGUAUCAAUCCGCUGAUUGCUAAGAAGAUGGUAGAGGACCGGGCACGUGACUACAUGAACGCCCGCCGGGUCUCCAAGGAGUAUGAGGUGGUCACACGGGGAUUGAACCGCAACCUGCCCUCUGUGCCGCCCACCAACACCCCUGAGGAGGCUACACAGGUGGAGCUGUGGAAGAAGUACAUCACCUGGGAGAAGGAGAACCCGCUACGGACAGAGGACCAGGCGCUUAUUACAAAACGAGUGAUGUUUGCAUAUGAGCAGUGCCUGCUGUGCCUGGCCUACCACCCAGAUGUGUGGAUAGAGGCAGCCAAUUAUCUGGAACAGUCCAGUCAGCUGCUGACAGAGAAAGGGGACCAGAAUGCAGGCAAGCUGUUCGCUGAUGAAGCGGCUGCCCUGUUCGAGCGGGCGAUUACCACCACCAUGAAGGAGAACACUCUCAUCUACUUCACAUAUGCUGACUUUGAGGAGUGUCGUAUGAAGUAUGAGAAGAUACACAGUAUCUACAAGAGAUGUAUUGCAGUGGAAACCAUGGAUCCAACACUGGCAUACAUACAGUACAUGAAGUUUGCCCGUCGUUCGGAGGGCAUCAAGUCGGCCCGUCAGGUGUUCAAACUGGCUAGAGAGGACAAACGAUCCACAUACCAUGUGUUCAUGGCAGCAGCUCUUAUGGAGUAUUACUGCAGUAAGGAGAAGACAGUAGCACUGAAGAUAUUUGAACUGGGUUUGAAGAAAUUUGGUGAUAUCCCAGAAUACAUCAGGGCAUAUGUGGACUUCAUGUCACAUCUCAAUGAGGACAAUAACACCAGGGUGUUGUUUGAGAGGGUUUUGUCUUCUGGUCAGAUAGCCCCUGAGAAGUCCAUAGAUAUCUGGAGUCGGUUCCUGGCGUUUGAGUCAGAAGUGGGGGACCUGGCCAGUAUAAUCAAGGUGGAGAAGCGGCGUUCACAGGCAAUAGAGAAGAUUCAGGAGUUUGGAGGCAAGGAAACGGCUCUGUUGAUAGACCGCUACAAGUAUGCUGACCUGUUCCCAUGUAGCCAGUCAGAGCUCAAGGCACUUGGAUAUCAUGACCUGAUCAGGAAGCAGGUGGUACAGAUGCCGUCCAGCAGGGUGGCCAAGAUUGUGAUGGAGGAGGAGGAGAGCAAGAAACGCCCCGAGUAUCCCAAGCCUGAUCUGAACCAGUGGCUGCCCUUCAAACCAAAGAUUCUUGUCCCAAAGGACGCCCACAUAGUUCCUGGUGGAGUGUUUCCUCCGCCUGAUGCAGCUGCCUCACUGAUGGCCAUGAUGCCCCCUCCAGAGUGCUUUCAUGGACCAUUUGUGAAGAUGGAUAUGUUCUUGGAGCACUUUAAGCAGCUUGAAAUCCCAGAUGCACCCAUCAUAGAGAACGGCUUUGACGGACCAAUCAAGUAUGAUGCCGGUACCCUGCUUUCACUGGAGUACGCGUCUGGUCGCAAACGACGAAUCACGGAGAACGAGGGAAGUGACGAAGAAGACUCAAACAUGGGUCCUGCACCCCCUGUCAACGACAUCUACCGCAGUAGGCAGCAGAAGAGGGCCAAGUGAUCAGGAAGAUCAUUCAUCGACCUUGACCUUGUACCAUGACCUUGACCUUGUGGUUGAGGGCACAAAAUGUUCAUUUAUACGAAAAGUAGGAGGUGAAAUGUGUGACAAAACAUGGACCUUUUAAGACUGAGAAUAGUAUAUUGAUACUAAUAGUGUCAGGCCAAGUUACUGAUGGAAAACAUGUUUCUAGUUUCAAGUUUAAUUAAAAAUUCCCAAAAAGCCUAUGACCAUAGGUAAACAACAUGUGCCUUUGAAGUUGGUGUCAUAUUUUUAUCAAGAAAACCUGCUUUAACAUUGUUUUGCGGAGGACUUAAAAUAAUUCUUGCAUGUGUGAUUGGUUGCAUAUUAAAAAAAAAACAAAUAUCAUUUGCAAUAUCUGGAGGUUUCUUGGCAAUAGUUGUUUUCAUAUCCAUAUACCGCAUAUGGUUUCUUUGCAGACAGACAGCUAUUUAUGAUAUUUUUGUUGAAAAAGAUCUUGAAAGGUAUAAAAGUUGUUACAUUUGGAUUGUUUGUAUUAUAUAAGAAUCUACCCAUUAAUGUAAAUAUUGCAUUGAGAAAGUGCGUUUGAUAUUCUAAUGAUAAGACUGCAAUGUUUUUAUACAUGACAUAUUUUGCCAUGUAAUAAAGAAGAGAUGGUUAUGUGAUUGUUACUGAUUGUGGUUGGUUUUGGGAUAUACAAAAAAAAUGUCUGUAUGUUGACUGUAAAUUCACAAUUGUGUGUGCAUGUUGCAUAAUGGCAUUACUAGGUUCGUAAGGAACGUGGUUGUGUGAAAUAAACUUGCCCAAAGAC